AAUUUUUCAUGGGGAACCAAAAAGAGUCACAGGAGGCUGCAAUCUUGAGCAAAUAAAUCGUGGCGCGGGCGGGGGCGGCGGUUUGCCCCGACUCCGUCACUUUUCAUGUCUUGCUGCAAGGGGAAGAAGCUGUUGUAGUCCCAAAUGGUUCGUCUCUCUUCUCCGCGCCAUUAUUCAGCCAGCGGCCCCCGCCCUCCUUACUCUAUUACUUCAACAAACAGGAUCAACGAUUCUCUCCUGUAAACUCAGCCUUGAGUGACAGAUUCCGCAGCCUGGCAGUGGUCGGUAGAGGGCUCCGGUUCUUUUCACAGAAAGGAAGGAAGUCCGAUCGGCGCCUCCCUCUUUGCGUCUCCUACCCAUCCACCCCGAUAAUCGGGAGGAGCCGUGCUUUUUGGGAAGGGGUUUGGUAACUGUGCACUCAAAGGCUUAACAUGGACGCUGCAUGGGAGUUGUAGAGGUUGUUGCUGCCUCCGACUCAGCUGGGCGCGAAGCGGGCAGAAGGUGACCUGGAUCCGCUGCACACCCUGUACGCGACCGAGGUGAGAACUGGCUCCAGGCGGCUGCAGCCAUUAGUAGCCCUGAGCUGCAGCAUCCAUGGACUGGAGAGAAGCACUUGGGACAAGUGGGAGAGGGGAGAAUGCUAAGCAGCUAUUGAUGAGAUGUUGACCAAGGGCAAAAAGGAGAAUGUUAAGCAGGAGGAGAACUUGGAGGAGGACAGGACUAGUUAUGCUUCCUGCUUGGCAGACUCAGUAGAACUAGAUACAACUGUGAUGCCAAGAGAACAGGUAUUAAAGAGGAAACAUACAUGCCCUGAUUGUGGGAAGAAUUUUUGCCGUCGUUCGGAUCUUGUUCGUCACCAGAAACUGCAUACAGGAGACAGACCUUAUACCUGUAGUGUGUGUGGAAAAGGCUUUGUUCAGAGCACUCAUCUGAUUGCACAUCAGAAGAGCCAUACAAAAGAGAAACCUUAUAUCUGCCCUCACUGUGGGAGGACCUUCAAUCAGAUCUUAAACUUCAAUCGACACCAGAGAACUCACUCCAAGGAGCCACCUUUCAAAUGCUCUGACUGUGGGAAGACCUUUAGCCGCAGCUCAAACCUGAUUAUGCACCAAAGGACACACACGGGAGAGCGUCCCUAUAAAUGUUUUGACUGUGGAAACAGCUUCAGCAGGAGUUCAACACUGGUUACACAUCGAAGAACUCAUACUGGUGAGAAACCCUAUAAAUGCCAGGACUGCUGGAAAAGUUUUGGCAGGCGCUCAACCCUUGUUAUGCAUAAGAGAAUCCACACUGGGGAGAAACCUUAUAAAUGCCCCGACUGCCCAGAAAGCUUUAGUGUAAAGUCUGGUCUUCUAAGUCAUCAGAGAAUCCACAUGACUGAGAAACCCUACCUGUGCCUGGAGUGUGGCAAAAACUUUUGUCGGAGUGCAGACCUCAUUAUUCACCAGAGAAUUCACACAGGAGAAAAACCAUACAAGUGCAAUGACUGUGGGAAGAAAUUCAAUACAAACUCGCACCUCCUUACACACCAGAGGAUUCACACAGGCGAAAAACCCUACAAGUGUCCCGAGUGCGGGAAAAGCUUCUCAUACAGCUCUGUACUGGUUGGCCACCAGAGAGUCCACACAGGAGAAAAACCAUACGCGUGUGCUGAGUGUGGGAAAACCUUCCGUAACAAUUCACACCUUAUUACACAUCAGAGAGUGCACACAGGGGAGAAACCUUAUGAAUGCCCUGAGUGUGGGAGAAGCUUCAGUGUGAGUUCAAACCUCAUUAAGCAUAGGAAAAUCCAUGAGAGAGAGACAUCUUUCAAAAAUUCUGAGUAGAAAUGGCAGCUGAUGAAGCUCUGAUUAGUCCAUCGGGGACUUUCAUAAAUAGAAAAUACAUCCAAUGGUGUGGCAACUUUGAUGUUCAAUCUGAUUUGUUUGUAGUAGAGAAUGUUGAAAAUGGAAGUGGACAUAGAGAAGCAAUGAAAGUAUACCACAACCAGUGCAGACGGAGCUUGUGGGAAAUGCUGAUGAAUAACGUUUUUCUAUUUUGAGAUGGGGUGGUGAUGAGAUUGUGAAUCUGUAAUAACUCCAAAUUCUGUGCCAAGAAGACAGUAUUCAGAUGAAGUAUAUUUGUAGUUCCUUUGAA